CGCAAGGCCCUAUGGGAAAUGUAGUUUUCGAGACGCACGAAAGGUUCUCGCCCACAUUCCCGGCGCGGCGAGAGGUGUAAAAGAUCCGGGGGACGUGGGGGGGGGCGACUGCCGGCGAUGCCCCCUCUGUCCUUCUUCCGAGUAUCCCGCGAGUAGCUACGGCGAGAAACUUCUUCGGUAUCCCCUGGACAUCCCCGAUUACGGCUCUGCCAGUAACAUCCCUGCUCAGAGUAAUCAACGGGACGCCCGGAUUUUCCCGUCCAGAAGCCUUCGCGGCGUAGCGGAAGGCGGAAUCUGCCAACCUCGGGCUCUUUGCAGUCUGCGGAGGACGUGGUCGAUUUCCCGCCGAGAGCAAGGCCCCAAGAGGGCCCGGGCGAGGACUUUACGGUUGCUGUUGUUGUUUUUUCCGCUCUUCGCUUGCUGGCGGUCCUCGAGCGAACGUGAGCAGAAUCGCCCUGAGUUUUGGCGGAGCGGAGCGGCCGCUGCCUCCUGCUUGGGUCGUCGCCUAAAAGUCUCCGAGGCCAGUUCCGACUCUCCCCGGACGGCCGCUUUUCUUCCGUUGGCUGGGUGCAACAGCCGAGGCAUGGAUUGGGACACACGGCUCAGUUCUAUAUUGGUUGAAACAGACAGCAACAUGGCCAAAAUUAAGCAACAUCUAAACACAGACAGCAUCUCUUCCAAAGUGGGCAGAAUAAAUAUUGGGAGUACUGUUCUGACUCAGCCACAGACUGGACUACCACCCUUGCAUUUCACAUGUGGAACUCACCUAUGCUGUAGAAUGGCCAAUGAGGAGCUUUCAACUAUCAGCCAGCAACUACAUUCACAAGCCCAGAUUAUAGAGUCACUCACCCAAGCAGUAUGUCGGCUUAAACAAGAGAAAGAGCAGCAGCAGCAGAGUAUCAAUCACCUAGAAGAUGAAAUGGAUCGCCUACAGCAUAAUUCGCCUGGUGGCUUUGAAUCGUUGCUGGGAUGCAGCAUGAAAGGAAUGAAGAGUGAGUUCCGCAGCGUUCAGCAACAGGUGCUUCAUCAGUCAGAUGGGGAUUGUACUCCUGAUCUGUUUUCCUGUUCUGGCGUCAUGCAAGAUAUGCUGGAGAGUAAAAAAAUCCUAUGGCAAGAAUACGAGUGCAUCAAGAGAGAGAUAGAACAGCUGAAACAUAAACUUGAUUGCCAAGAAGAUGAACUAUACAAUCAAGUUUCUGCAACUCAUGAGAUUAAGAGAAUCCAAAACCGGUACUGUAAGAUGUUGGAAGAAUUAAUAAACACUCAUAAAACUCAGGUUCAGAAUUUUGACAAAACAAGGAAUGAAACUCAGAACACUCAACAGGAGCUCAGUGUUGUCAAAUCUACAGUGACUGAUCUAAAAGAACAGGUGAAAUGUCUCAACUUAGAAGACAAGUAUACUAUGCAUCCCAAGGAGGAUGGCACUGAUCUGGAAAAGAAUGAAGAAUUACUGCAUGAAGACUUGUCCUUCUCCUUUAGUAGUGAUGAUUCCAUCUCUGAGUUCAGUCUCACAGAUGUCAGCUCAGAUGAACUUUUCAGUGAACCAGAAGUUGUACAACUUGCUGAUAACAAGGUUUCUUUACCAAGUUUGAAACUGGAGAAUAUCCCUGGAGAGGCAAUUGGUGGCAUGUUGGAGAAGACAGAAAUCAGCAGUGAAUUAUCCACCAGUUUGCCUGAGCUCAACUUCAGUGACUUUUAAAGUAUCACUUAAGGGCUGCCUCAUGCUUUUUAAUGAGGAAACAAAUUAAAGAGAGAAAAACAUAAGGUGUUGUUUUCAACAUGCUAAGCUGCUUUUGUACAGAUGUUGCAUGAGGUAGGAGGAGGAGUGAUCUUAGCCCAUAUCCUGGGUCAUGUUGGUACAUCAGGAUUAGGUUUGGAAUCAUUUCAGCGAUUGUUAAUAGCAUGUAGUGACUCUUUCUGGAAAUGAAAAUGAAAAAAUGGUAUUAAUGAACCCAAUGUACAUCAAAUAUAAUAUAUCUCUUUCUUUCAAAUACUUAACAUAGUCUGUAGCCUAACACAGGCAAGAAAAAUAUUCUGGAAGUUAAUUCAUCUUAAACUACAAAGCCUGUUAAUUUGGUCAGUAUUUAUAAUCCAUGAAUGAAGCAUCUACUAAAGGACAGAAGAGCCUUUAUUGUAUUACAUAUAUAAAACCAUUACUUUGCCACAUGUACCAGCAGGUGAUUAAGACAAACUUUGCUAUGUAUGGAUGCAUGUUAGUUUUGUGAUAGUAGACAACUUUUCGGGGCAGUGUGGUUCAUCAUGUCCUUUUCAGGAGCAGCUGGAAUUAUUGAACAAUUCUGUGUGCACCCAUCUUGUUUUCUUCGCCACUGAGUUGCUACACUGUAGUCUUUGGAGUCAUAAGGGAACUAAUUUGUCUAAGUGACAGUAUGUCCAAGAUUACUGAUUUUGGAUUAGGUGGGGAAGAAAUCAAUGUAACUUCUUAACUAUCAUGCCUUGGGUCAUUUUCAGUGCAUGGCAAAUGUUAGAACAAAAUCAAAAAGUCAUGCUAUAGUUAGUUUUUUAUCCAAGCUAAAACUAAGCCUAUACUAUUUAAGUCAAUGAGGCAGUAUGUCAAAGUACAUAUGGAUUUGUGAUUCUCCUUAGGUUGCAUUGUGUCAGUACACUUUUGAACAGAAGAAUAUUGCAAUAAAGGUUACUUUUUCCUUGACAGCUUUAUGGUUAAAAGCAUACACACAUGCAAGACAUCCUUGCAAUUUUUAAAGUUAAAAGAUUUCCAGUUGUGGGAAUUAUUAACAGAAAAAUCAUGAAUGUAUGAAAAAUAAAACUACAGUAUAAGAAUAUAGCAUAUUAGGUAUCUCUAAUCUUACACCUCUCAAAUGUGUAGUCUUUGCAUUUUUGUUAAAGUUUGGAUUUAAUUUAUGCAGUGAUGCAUUCUUCUCAUUGAUCGGGCUAUCCACAGAUUUAAAAAAACAACUUUAAAAAUAAGGCAUGUUUUCGUUCCCAGUGUUUCAGCUUGUAUUUCUCAAAAUAUGGGAUUCUCAUUUUACUCCAUGGAAGUAGAAAAGUAUAUUGAGCAAAUAAUUUUUUUGAGAAAACCAUUAUUAUCUGAAUUGCAACCCCAGAAUUCUUAAUCAUAGAAGGUCCCAGACUUACAUGUCUUUAUAGUGACAAAUUAACUAAUUAGAAUAUAUCAGCAACAGCACUUAGACUUAUACAACGCUUCACAGUGCUUUACAGCCCUUUCUUAAGCAGUUUACAGAGUCAGCAUAUUGCUUUCAACAACCUGGGCCCUCAUUUUACCGAUCUCGGAAGGAUGGAAGGCUGAGUCAACCCUGAGCCGGUGAGAAUUGAACUGCUGGCAGCCGGUAGAAGUAGCUGCAGUACACGGCAUUCUAAUCACUGCGCCACCACGGCUUAAUGCAAAAGCUGUUCAUAUUUUUCUGAACCAUCCAAUUUUGAAGAUAAGAUUAAACUAAUUUUGUAUUGCAGCUCUUAUAAUUACAUCAUCUUUUUCCAAGGCCUAGAUGAAGGAGUAGAGACCUGCUAAAAUUGUCAUGAAGACCUCAAUCUUAUUCUGAUUAAUGAAACCCCUGGCAUUGCUGUAGAUAUGACAAAUCAGCAUAUUAGACAAAGCUGUAUCUCUCACAUAUCCUAUGUUGAAAAAGAGCCUUGAAUAGGAACAUCCCCAAUCUCAGGGUAAAAGUAAUUUCAGAAGAGGAAAAGGGUUACAGGCAAGGAAGAAGAAAAAAGAUAAGGAAUUAGCAACAGGAGAUUUAAUCAGUGGAUAUUCCAAUAGUUCAGAGAGAGAUGGGAAGAAGAUUUGGGGAAACAGACAGAAAAGUCUUUAUUUCAGUGAUCUCUGGACAGAACAAUUUGUCAGAAUGAGUGUGCUGAUUGUAUUAAUGCAACAAAGCUUGCAUGUAUUCAUCAAUAAAUUGGACAUUGGUAGAAA